GAAUGUUUGAGGCGGGCUCAUUGGAGACCCAGGUGUUGGGACAACGUCCACGAGCAGCAAGACCUUAUCUGUCAGUUUGAACACAUCAGCGUUAGCUGGAGCACAGCCAUCUGACGCAGGGAGCAGCGGUCUGCAGCUCGGCUCUUUUCUACGCUGAAGCGGAAGGUUCUGCGCGUAAACACGGUCUCCAUGAACUUCAGUACAAUGAGGUGCAGUGGGCUGCUGCUGCUCGCGGCUCUCACCUGUGGAUUGGCUCUGGCCGAGGACGCGGCGGAGGAGCUGCUGGUAGAGACUUUGGUGAAGCCGGAGACUUGUGAUGUCCUUUCUGUGAUGGGAGACACGCUACAGAUCCACUACACGGGUAAACUGAUGGACGGAAAGGUGAUUGACACUUCUCUGUCUCGGGACCCUCUCGUUGUGGAGCUUGGGAAAAGGACAGUGAUCACAGGUCUGGAGCAGAGCUUGGUCGGUGUCUGUGCUGGGCAGAAGAUUAAAGCCACUAUUCCAGCUCAUCUUGCAUACGGCAAAAAGGGCUACCCACCAACAAUACCGGGUGACGCUGCACUCGAAUUUGAGGUGGAGGUGAUUUCGGUUUCGCAGCAGACUCCAUGGCAGAAGAUGGUGAACGAUGUUUUUCCAGUUGUGUGUUUGGCUCUGGUCCCAACGCUGCUCGGGCUGGUGGGACUCUACCUGUACAAAAAGGCAAAUGCACAGAAACAAGGCAAGAAGAAGGCAAAGGACAAGAAGAGCAAAAAGAAAUAAACUCGAAAGUAAUAUUUAAAUAAAGUUUUUUAAUGUA